AUGGCUCCCGUCAACAACGCUCAUCCCUCAACCCAAGCGCUGCAUGCCGAUGACUACUUGAAUUUAGUGAAUGACGUUGCACCACCGAUUCACCUCUCCACAAUCUUCAGAUAUCCUAAUGACCCCAACCAACUAGUCAUACCAGAAGACCCGAUCGCCGAAUUCGAUGGCAAGAAUUACGUAUACUCCCGCGAAUUCGCACCCAACGCAACCCGUUUCGAAGCAGUGCUCUCAUCUCUCCUAAAGGGCCAUGCCGUGAGCUAUGCCAGUGGACUCGCAGCUCUCUACGCCGCUUUGACCCUGCUAAACCCACGACGUAUCUCCGUGGGCGACGGCUACCACGGCAGUCAUGAAGUUAUCUCGGUGAUUUCCCGCCUGUCGGGUCUUCAGAAGCUCGACCUUGACUGUCCUGCCGAAAUCUUAGAAGAAGGGGACGUCAUCUUGCUCGAAACACCCGUCAACCCUCUCGGAACCGCAUUCAACAUCGAAGAAUAUGCCAAGAAAGCGCACUCCCGCGGCGCUUAUCUGAUCGUCGACAGCACAUUCGGACCGCCGGGCCUCCAAGAUCCGUUUUUGUGGGGAGCUGAUAUCGUCUUCCACUCCGGGUCAAAAUAUUUCGGUGGUCACAGCGAUAUGUUAUGUGGUGUAAUUGCUGUCAAGCGAGAAGACUGGUUGAAACGGCUUUACGAGGAUCGAGUAGCUCUGGGAAGCAAUAUCGGCAACCUGGAAGGUUGGAUGGGCCUUCGAAGCUUGCGAACUUUAGAAGUUCGAGUUCAGCGCGCGAGCGAGAACUGCGCUCAAUUGAUUUCAUGGCUUGAUGGUGCUAUGAAGGCCCCGGGCCCGGCCCCGGGUAGCGAGGAGUUUAUCGUUCAGGCUGUCGUCCAGAAAAUGUAUCAUGCCAGUCUCCAGGAUGAGCCGUGGUUGGUGAAGCAGAUGCCUUGUGGAUUUGGGCCGGUCUUUUCGAUCAUCUUGCAUAACGAGACUUUUGCGAAAACACUGCCUAGCAAGUUGAACUUUUUCCAGCAUGCUACGAGUCUGGGUGGGGUCGAGUCGCUUAUUGAAUGGCGGGCACUGUCUGAUUCGAAGGUUGAUCGCAAGUUAUUGCGAAUCAGUAUUGGACUGGAGAACUGGGGGGAUCUAAAAGCCGAUUUGUUGCAGGCAUUUACCUCGUUGGCAAAGGAAUUAUAA